AUGGCACACGGAACAAAACUCGUUAUUGAUGCAAAAGGCCAUAUCGUAGGAAGAUUAGCUGCAUACGUAGCAAAGUCAUUAAGAGAAGGUUACAGUGUUGUAAUUUUAAGAUCAGAAGGUCUUAUUUUCUCAUCCCCUAUUGAAAGAAUGGUAAGUAUAUAUAAGGACAAGAAGAGAAAGAGAUGUCUUGUAAACCCACAGAAGGGACCAUUCCACUACAAGGAGCCAUCUAAGUGCUUCAAGAGAAUUGUUAGAGGUAUGCUUAAGUACAAAGGAAAGCAGGGAGCCAUGGACUACGCCAGAUUAAAGGCAUUCGAUGGAAUUCCAAUGGAGUAUGAAUUACAGGAAAGAGUUGUAGUUUCUCACGUGCUUGCAGAGACCAAAUUAAACCCAGUCACUAAGACAUGCACUCUUGGAGAGAUUUGUGUGCAGAUGGGAUGGACCAGCGCAGGACUUCUUGAGAAGUUUGAGGCUGAGAGAAUUAAGAGAGUAUCUGUAGCACAGAAAGAAAAGGAACAGAACGAAAAGAAGAAGCAGGAGCUUCUUGCCAGCCCCGCCUUUAAAAAGGAGCUAGACAACAUCCUUUCUAACAUUGAAUAA